AUGGCCGCAAAUGAUUAUAACAUGGAUGGUAAGUGCGCGCAUGCCUAACACAAAUUCGCCCAUUUUUGAUGUUUGCAAUAAAUUCGCGGGUCUCUAGGGCCCACUUGCUAGUUUCCACAUGACCGAGCGGGCACUCUGUCAGAUUUGAAUGGCAUUUCACUGCCACGUUUCACUCACCGGACGGUGCGAGUUGUACAUGUUGGGCAGAAGGAGCGAAUGAAGAUGUCACUUCUGCGAACUUGUUCCUCCUUUCUUGUUUCCUCGUGAACUGACGAUGAAUUGAUGGCGAAUCGGUGCCUGGAAAAAGGGGAACAAUAACAAAAAUAAGCGAGAGAAUAUAUUGGAAAACGGGCGAUGGUUAUGUGAGAGGAAAGUUAAAAUCGUUGCCGAAUAGAGUGAAUAGAUGACGGGCCCGAACACAUAAAAGCUCCGAAAAGGGGAAAAGAGAGACGGAGGUGGUUGCAGUUGAAACGCAGCGGAGAAUCGAGUACACACGGCAGAAGUUGGUGCGGAUCGAGCAGAUGAACGAGCAACUUCGCAAACUCGGAAAAGCCAACAAGAACAGUGAGGAGAAGUUGGACCGCCUUCUGAAGAGGUGGAAAUUGGUUGAAGAACAAAAGAGAACGGGUUGUUUUCAGAAAGGAGUCACUGGAAUUGGAUGUGGCGAGACUGUCGGACGCGUCGAUGAGGGCGGAGCCGGAGAUCGGAGCAGACAUUCUGCACUCCAUUGAAGAGCCCAUGGACAUGGAAGUCAUCUACGGAGAGGACUUCCGCAACAAAAUGAGCCAUCUGAAGGUGCUUCUGAAUGAGAUCAUCGUGAGAACGAGUUUCAAUGAGAAAGCGAUGUGCAAGGAGAUCGGGCACCAGGAGGCCGAGUUUGAGAAUCGACUCAAAGAAGCGAUCUUCGGGAGAGACGUGCUGAGUCGCAAGAAGGAGGAGGCGCAGCAGAAGUGCGAGGAAUCAAUCCGUGAGCAGGCGAAUCUGUAUGAAGACGUGCGAGAGCUCGAGGAGAAUAUUGAAAAGUUCGAUGCUUCCAGAUGGUUGCUCAACGUCGAGAAAAGACGGUGAAAAAAGAAAGUGCGGAAGUUUUAGAAACUGUUUAUUUCAGGGUCUCUGAUAUUCUGGAUCGAACGAAAAGAGAGCCAAAGUCGGGAAUCGAGUGCGGCAAGCCGUACAUCGUGCCGUCAGAGGCCUCUUCCACAGAGGAACUCGUCUCUUCGACUGCCAGUCUCACCCACCACCACUACGCACCGGAGCAUCCUUUCCAGAAGCCCGAUGCUCCUUUGGAUCUUCCCGCUGCCACCGUGAACUUUGUGGACAUUGAUGAGAUGGCUUGGAAAGCAUCGAAAGUGCACAAGAAAGGAUGUCCGAAGAGCAAAAUGGUGCAGAUGACAACGAUUCCGCACUCGGAUUCGCUCAUCUCCGAGAGCGGAGGCAGCCAGAAGAAGAAGGUGUGUCCGGUGCACGGGAAAGAGAAAGAAGUCCAGAAGGUUCCAAUGAACGGGAUCAACCUGAUGGAACUGAUCUCGAAGGCCAUCGAAGAGGAACUUUCCUCUCUCUGA